CGCCGUUCUGUUUUGUGUUUCAAGAUUUUUAGGGUUUUUCUAUCUCCUACUCUCGUUUCGCCAAACCCUUCUCUCUCUAAAUCUCUGAAAUCAUGACUGCUCAAACUCAAGAAGAGCUUCUUGCUGCCCAUCUUGAACAACAGAAGAUUGAGCAUGAGGAACCAUUGGUUGAAGAUGAUGAUGAUGAAGACGAUGAUGAUGAAGAUGACGAUGACAAGGAUGAAGAUGAUGUUGAAGGACACGGAGAUGGAAGUGGGAGGUCUAAGCAAAGUAGAAGCGAAAAGAAGAGUCGGAAGGCUAUGCUAAAGCUAGGAAUGAAGCCAAUUCCUGGUGUUAGCCGAGUUACCGUCAAGAAGAGCAAGAAUAUUCUAUUCGUUAUCUCGAAGCCUGAUGUAUUCAAGAGUCCUGCUUCAGAUACUUAUGUUAUAUUUGGUGAAGCCAAGAUAGAAGAUCUAAGCUCACAAUUGCAGAGCCAAGCAGCCGAGCAAUUUAAAGCACCAAAUCUUGGGAACGUGGUAUCAGAGCCUGAACCAACAGCCAUGGCUCAGGACGAUGAAGACGUGGACGAGACCGGAGUGGAGCCAAAGGACAUCGAGUUGGUUAUGACACAAGCAGGGGUGUCGAGAUCAAAGGCGGUCAAGGCUUUGAAGGCCGCAGAUGGUGACAUAGUAUCUGCUAUUAUGGAACUCACAAACUAGGAAGGACUGAGCGCACCCCACCCCACCCCACCCGUUGAACAAGUAAAUUUUCGUCUUUUUCUUCGCGUUAAUGAGGUUUAAGAUGAUGCUAUGUUAUUUGUGCAUGUUUUUUGAGAUUAUGAGCAUGUUUUUAAUAUGUUGCUUCUGCUUGAUGUUUUUCUUAUGGUUGCUUCUGUAACUUCAUGAGAAAUGACAAAAGAAAACGAUAUGGUUUGAUGAUUUUG